AUGGAUGAUUUUACGUUUAAACGUAAGCGUUCAGUUGGUAAUCGAUUAUUUUCUCGAACUGAUACACCAAAAAAACGUUCGAAUCUUGAGGGUGGAUAUGUUUCUACUAGUCUUAGAAAGCAUAAUGAUGAAGAAUUUGAUGGAGAUGUGACAGAAUGGACAAUGGAGGGCACUGGUAGUAGAGUUGCAUAUGAUGAUUUUACGACAAUAGAUUGGAUACAUGAUUUUGCAAAAGAACGCGCACGACAAAAAAGAUUACAUCAACAAAAAGGUAUACGAGGAAGAUUAAACAUUUUGUUUGAUGCGAUGGAAGGGUGGAUAGUAGUUUUAGUUGUUGGUAUCGCAUCUGGUAUUCUUGCUGGAAUUAUUGAUAUAACUUCAGAUUGGCUUAGUGAUUUAAAAGAGGGAUAUUGCGAAACUGCAUUCUAUUUGAAUAGAAGAUUUUGUUGUUUGGGUUAUGAUGACGAACAAGAUGAAUGUAGAGAAUGGAUAACGUGGAAUUCUGCCCUUCAAGCAAGAUCAGUAGCUGCAGAAUUUUGGACAAAUUAUUUAUUUUAUAUAAUUUUUUCGACAUUAUUUGCCACAACGGCUGCUUACUUGGUCAAAACUUAUUCACCAUAUUCGGCAGGUAGUGGUAUACCAGAAAUAAAAACAAUUCUAGGAGGUUUUGUCAUCCGAAAAUUUUUAGGAUGGUGGACAUUAGUUAUCAAAGGCAUUGGAGUGUGCCUAGUUGCAGCAUCUAGUCUUUGUUUAGGUAAAGAGGGCCCUUUGGUUCAUUUGGCUUGUUGCUGUGGUAAUAUAAUUCCUCGAAUUUUCCCAAAGUUUAGAUAUAAUGAAGCAAAGAAGCGUGAGGUGUUAUCAGCAGCUGCUGCUGCCGGUAUAUCGGUGGCAUUUGGUGCACCGAUUGGUGGCGUUUUAUUUAGCUUGGAGGAAGUCUCAUAUUAUUUUCCAUUCAGAACCAUGUGGAGGAGUUUCUUUUGUGCUAUGGUUGCUGCUGUUUCACUUGCAUUCAUGAAUCCAUUUAGAACGGGAAAGUUAGUCCUUUUCCAGGUUGUUUAUGAUAGGGAUUGGCAUGCGUUCGAACUUUUCUUUUUCGCACUAUUAGGUGUUAUGGGAGGGUUAUAUGGUGCUUUAUUUAUAAGAAUGAACCUUAAGAUUGCAGCUUUUCGUCAAGAUUCAUGGUUACGUUUCUUUAGUGUUCAUGAAGUUGUAUUUAUGUCCGUACUUACUUCAAUUGUGAGUUAUUUAAACAUAUUUAUGAGGGUUAAUCCAUCUGAAUUGGUUGCUAAUUUAUUUCGUGAAUGCGUUGGAGGAGAUUAUCAUAAUCUUUGCAAUCAUGUAAAUCAUUGGAAGCCAACAUUAUUGCUAUUGAUUGCCUCUAUUUUAAAAUUUUUCUUUACUGCGUUUACAUUUGGGUUAAAAGUUCCUGCUGGUGUAUGGUUGCCGUCUAUGGCAAUAGGUGCAUGUUUUGGAAGAGCCGUAGGAUUGACCGUACAUGCUUGGCAUAUGUAUAACCCUAAUUUUUGGCUUUUUGCUUCAUGUGCACCAGAAGGCCGAUGCAUUACACCAGGAAUGUAUGCGAUGGUUGGUGCAGCUGCAACUUUUGGAGGAAUUUCGCGAAUGACUGUAUCUCUAGUUGUAAUUAUGUUUGAAUUAACAGGCGCAUUAACUUAUGUACUGCCUAUUAUGAUCACAGUCAUGAUUAGCAAAUGGGUUGGUGAUGCCUUUGAUAAAGAAGGCAUCUCCGACGGUUGGAUACGUAUGAGUGAAUAUCCUUUCUUAGAUACCAAAGAAGAAUAUGUGUAUAAUACAUUAGCUUCUCAAGUAAUGACUCGUGUUGAUGACUUAAUAGUAAUAACCGCAACGGGUCAUACACUAGAUAGUCUAGAGAAACUGUUGAAUAGCGUGGAUUAUAAGGGCUUUCCUGUGGUUCAUAAUGCAAAAGAUAUGUUACUUACUGGUUACAUUUCGCGUUCAGAGUUGAGAUAUGCAAUUGAUAAAGCAAAAAAAAAACCGGGAAUCUUAUUGUCUAGCCCUUGUUACUUUUCUGGCAACCUUCCUAUACUUGAUGAUUCAAUUUUUAUUGAUUUCAAACCAUGGAUGGAUCAGACACCAAUAACAGUUUCUCAUAAGUUUCCAAUGGAAAUGGUGAUUGAAUUGUUUAAAAAGAUGGGUUUAAGAUAUACCCUAGUUACAAAGAAAGGACAACUUUUGGGAUUAAUUACAAAGAAAGAUGUAUUAAGACAUCUUUCAAUAAUGUAUGAUCCAAAUUCGUCAGAAGACGAUUUACAAGAAAAUCUCAUGAUGUUACCCGAACGAAGAAUGUCAAGUUUUGUCGGUGAUUUUGGAAUAGACUAA